AUGAAUGAGGUUCCUCAGCAGAUCUCUUUAACUGAGGCUAAACUUGGAGAUAAUGUGACUCUGACAUGUACUCUCUCUGGAAAUGAUCAAGGGUUGUAUUACUGGUAUAAGCUGAAUUUUGGAUAUAUGGUUCAAACAAUUGCUGAAGGAAGUUUUGGGAAAAUAGUAUUUCAAAUUAACAACUCAAGAUUCAGUGCCACAAAAGUGGGUAAAGUGCUUUCUCUUAACAUAAGAAAUGUAAGCAAAGAAGAUGAAGCAACAUACUUCUGUCAAGCAGGAUCAUCAUUCAGUAUUAACUUUAUUUAUGGCACAAUUUUGGCAGUGAAUGAUCCUAAAACACAGCAUAAAUUUUUCACAGUAAAACAAACUCCAGACCUGGAUUCAGUCCAUCUGGGUGAUACAAUGACUCUGCAGUGUUCACUUCUUUCUAAGAACAAAAAUGACACAGAUCAGUGUCCAGAUGAAGACAAAGUGCACUGGUUUAAAGCUGCAUCAGAAUCCCAUCCAGGCAUCAUUUACCACAGCAGUAUCAGAAAUAAAGAGGACGGGAGAUGUGACUACAGUCUGUCCAAAACUAUAACACACUCAUCUGACGCUGGGACGUACUACUGUGCUGUGAUCACAUGUGGAGAGAUCCUGUUUGGUGAAGGAACAAAAGUGGACAUAACCCUGAAUUGCUGUGCAUUGCUGACCUACAGCAGACAAGAGAUUCUGGACAUCUGGACUCAUAACUCCAACAGUUUUAUCGCCGAUCUCCGACUCAUCCCAGAGAUCUCCAGAACACCGGAGGCUGCCCACUCUCCCCGCCGGGCGGAAGUGCACGCAGGCGGCGCCGAGAACGUAAACAAAGGCGAGGUAGGCGCGGAGGGCUACGGGCUAAGCUAA